AGAAUGGAGACCCCCAAUAUAUCCACUCAUUUCAAUUUCACUCUGCCACCCAACUUUGGCAAGCGUCCCACGGACCUGGCACUGAGCGUCAUCCUGGUGAUCAUGCUGUUCAUCGUCAUGAUAUCGCUGGGCUGCACCAUGGAGGUCAGCAAGAUCAAACAGCACUUCUGGAAGCCUAAGGGGCUGGCCAUUGCCCUGGUAGCACAGUAUGGCAUCAUGCCCUUCACUGCCUUUUCACUAGGCAAGCUCUUCAAACUGAACAACAUUGAGAUGCUGGCCAUCCUGAUCUGUGGCUGCUCGCCUGGGGGAAACCUGUCCAACAUCUUCAGUCUGGCUGCCAAGGGUGACAUGAACCUCAGCAUCGUGAUGACCACCUGCUCCACCUUCUUUGCCCUGGGCAUGAUGCCCCUCCUCUUGUACAUCUACUCCAUGGGAAUAUAUGAUGGGGACCUGAAGGACAAGGUGCCCUAUGGAGGCAUUGUGCUCUCACUGGUCCUGGUCCUCAUUCCUUGCAGCAUAGGAAUCAUCCUCAAUGCUAAACGGCCACAAUAUGUGCGCUAUGUCAUCAAGGGAGGGACAAUCAUUGCACUUUUGUUGACUGGAGUCAUCUCAAUCCUUUCUGCCAUCAACGUGGGCAAGAGCAUCCUGCUAGUCAUGACACCAAAAUUGCUGGCCACCUCUUCCCUGAUGCCUUUCACCGGCUUCCUGAUGGGCUACAUUCUCUCUGUCCUCUUCCGCCUCAAUGAACAGUGCAGACGCACUGUAAGCAUGGAGACCGGAUGCCAAAAUGUUCAACUCUGCUCCACCAUCCUCAAUGUGACCUUUCCUCCUGAAGUUAUUGGACCGCUUUUCUUCUUCCCUCUCCUCUACAUGAUUUUCCAGCUUGGAGAAGGUCUUCUGUUUGUUGCCAUCUUUCGGUGCUACCAGAAAAUCAAGCCUACCAAAGAUAAAACAAAAAUGAUCUACACAGCUGCUACAAAGGAAGAAACCAUUCCAACAGCUCUGGGAAAUGGCACAAUGGUAAAAUAA